CGCUCGUCUUCACUUCCUGUUGAUGGUUGUCUGUGUCGGGUCAACCUGUCGGUAUUCACUCUGCUCUCCCUCUCUCUCUCUCUCUCUCUCGCUCUCUCUCUCUCUCUCUCCAGUUACCAGAGUGUGGCUUCUAUGGGAUGUAUGAGAAGAUCCUGCUGUUCCGCCAUGACCCGACGUCGGAGAACGUUCUGCAGCUGCUGCGCUCGGCCGCUCAGAUCCAGGAGGGAGACCUGGUGGAGGCCGUGCUGUCAGCUUCAGCCACAGUGGAGGACUUCCAGAUCCGUCCCCACUGUCUGUUUGUCCACUCGUACCGAGCGCCGGCCUUCUGUGACCACUGUGGAGAGAUGCUGUGGGGACUCGUCCGACAGGGACUCAAGUGUGAGGGCUGUGGUCUGAACUAUCACAAGCGCUGUGCCUUUAAGAUCCCGAACAACUGCAGCGGGGUGCGGCGGCGGCGGCCGUCCAACAUCUCCCUGACGGGGGGGCUGAUCAACAUGGGCCGCCCCCUCUCUGCGGAGCCCUCCCCUCCCCACUACACCGAUGAGGCGUUACUGUCUCCGGUCAGUCCCAGCAUGGAGCAGAAGAACCAGUUGGAGUACUUCCCCAGCAGAGAGCGUCGCUCCAGCUCCCAGUCGCACAUCGGCCGCCCCAUCGAACUGGACAAGAUCUUUCUGUCGAAGGUCAAAGUUCCUCACACCUUCCUCAUCCACUCGUACACCCGACCCACCGUCUGCCAGCACUGCAAGAAGCUGCUGAAAGGCCUCUUCAGACAGGGACAGCAGUGUAAAGAUUGUAAAUUUAACUGUCACAAGCGAUGUGCUCCCAAAGUGCCGAACAACUGCCUCGGAGAAGUCUCCAGGAACGGAGAGCUCCUUAGCCCGGGGGGGGAGUCAGAUGGCAUCAUGGCGGAGGGUUGCAUGGACGACCAUGACAUGGACAGAGGCGGCGGCCUGUUGGACGACAAUGAUGAAGCACUGACAUCGGAGGGGGGUCUGUUGCUGGACCCGGGGCAAAGUGACCUCUGCGACCUUCAUGACCCCGACCUGGACGAGUCCAACCGGGCCAUCAGCCCGUCCACCAGUAACAACAUCCCUCUGAUGCGAGUGGUUCAGUCCGUCAAACACACAAAGAGGAAGACCAGCAACGUGAUGAAGGAGGGUUGGAUGGUCCACUGCACCAGCAAGGACACUAUGAGGAAAAGACAUUACUGGCGGUUGGACAGUAAAUGCAUCACGUUGUUUCAGAGCGACACCGGGAGUAAAUACUUUAAGGAGAUCCCUCUGUCAGAGAUCUUGUCUCUGGAACCGGCCCGGACCGUCUCUCUGCUCCCUGAUGGCUCCAACCCUCACUGCUUCGAGAUCUCCACGGCGUCCCUGGUAUACUUUGUGGGCGAGAACCUGUCGAGGGCGGAGUCGAGCGUUGGCGGCAGCAGCGUCCUGGUCAGUGGCGUGGGGCAGGACGUGGCUCGGAUGUGGGAGAUGGCCAUUCAGCACGCUCUGAUGCCGGCGGUGUCCACAGGAGUGUCUCAUGGUUCUCACCAGAGUGGACACAAGGAAGUUUCCAUCAGCAUUUCAGUGUCUAACUGUCAGAUCCAGGAGAACGUGGACAUCAACUCCGUGUAUCAGAUCUUCCCCGACGAGGUUCUCGGCUCGGGACAGUUUGGCAUCGUCUACGGAGGUAAACACAGGAAGUCCGGCCGAGACGUGGCCAUCAAGAUCAUCGACAAACUGCGUUUCCCCACAAAACAGGAGAGUCAGCUGCGCAACGAGGUGGCCAUACUGCAGAGCCUGCACCACCCGGGCGUGGUCAACCUGGACUGCAUGUUCGAGACCCCGGAGCGGGUGUUCGUGGUGAUGGAGAAGCUCCACGGGGACAUGCUGGAGAUGAUCCUGUCCAGUGAGAAGGGGCGCCUGCCGGAGAGGGUCACCAGGUUCCUGGUCACGCAGAUCCUCGUCGCUCUGCGUCACCUCCACAUCAAGAACAUCGUCCACUGUGACCUGAAGCCUGAGAACGUCCUGCUGGCGUCUGCAGACUCCUUCCCUCAGGUGAAGCUCUGUGACUUCGGCUUCGCUCGGAUCAUCGGUGAGAAGUCGUUCCGGCGCUCGGUGGUCGGCACGCCGGCGUACCUCGCCCCCGAGGUCCUGAGGAACAAAGGCUACAACCGCUCGUUGGACAUGUGGUCGGUCGGAGUCAUCAUCUACGUGAGCCUCAGCGGGACGUUUCCGUUCAAUGAAGACGAAGACAUCAACGAUCAGAUCCAGAACGCCGCCUUCAUGUACCCUCCUCACCCCUGGAAGAAGAUCUCCCAGGAAGUGAUCGACCUGAUUAACAACCUGCUGCAGGUGAAGAUGAGGAAGAGGUACAGCGUGGAUAAGACCCUCAGUCACCCCUGGCUCCAGGACUACCAGAUGUGGCUGGACCUGAGGAACCUGGAGUCCCGCAUGAACGAGCGCUACAUCACCCACGAGAGCGAUGACCUGCGCUGGCUCCACCACGCCCAGCUCAGCGGCCUGGACUUCCCCCCCCACCUGAGCAACGGCCCGCGCAGCGACGCCGCCCACGGGCUGGAGCGCCACCAGGAGCAGGAGGAGCUGGAGACCCUCAGCGAGAGGGUCAGUGAGCUCUGAGGACCAGAGGUCGCCCAGAGGUCAACCAGAGGUCAACCAGAGGAAACAGGAAGUAGAUGAACUGAAGAGGGAGCAGGAGAUCAACACAGUGAAGUUUAGAGAUGAUCCGAUUGUAGAGAUCUGUCCUUCAUGAAACCGGUUCCAGAUCCUGGACUUGGAAAAUCACAACAACUUAAAGAAUGAAUUUUAACAGCGGUUUGUCAGUAACCCUGCAAGAACUUUUAAAAACAAAUACAGAGACCUGUUAUUAUCUAGUUGUUAUCUAGUUUAUACAGAACUGAAAAAGAAAAAUGCAGUUUUUUCUCGGUGAAUCUGAUACUUUAAAUACGUGGUAUCGGAGCGGCACGUACAUUUGUGUACUCGACAAUCACCAAGCUGUGUUGUCAUCACUAUCGAAGGUACUUGUGAUGCUGGUCUCGUAUCCCAACAUCUCUAGAAUUUUAUAAAGAAGUAGAAACGACUCGCAGAGAGAACGUUUAUGAAAAUUAUUUGGAAACUAAAGCUUUAAACUUACCAAGGUUUUAUGAAGUAAAACUGUGAAACUUUUGUGAUUCUGAGGUCGGUGCUUCCUCAGUAAAAUCCAGUUAUUUCCUUUAAAUUCGAGAUCCCUGCUUUAUGAGGUAAAGAUGUCAUAACUUUUAGAUUUAUUGACACAACAAGAUAAAGAUCUUUUAAUUAUUAUAAAUUUAUAUGAAAAAUCCCAAGGUUUGGAUUUCAAGUCCUUGUUUUGUUAUCACUUGGUAAAGAUGCUCUAAUUAUAUCUUGAUAUUAUCUGAUACUUGUUUUGUGAUAAUGAGGAAAGAAUUUCAGUUUUAUUUUAUUUAUAUUUCUUCCGUCUCAUUAUUACUUUGCAAGAAUCUCAUUUUUCCCUGAAAUAAAUAAGAGAACAAAAAAAUAAUUUAGGAUAACAAACCUGGAGCCGUCCUGAGUGGAGAGGGUUCUUCAGCACGUUCACUCGUGAUGCACAGGAAACCUCGACCUGACCCACAGCUCCGGUUUCAUCACCUCUGACUUCGUCGGCCAUAUUGUUUGUGGUAACCUCCUCCUCGUGUUUAAACCUAAAACACAAAACCUAUAAUGCAGCUAGCCACCAGGGGGCGAUCCGCAUGCUUUGGCUUCAUUUCCGUCUGUACCAACCUGUGGCUCGACCUGUGCAUCACCAAUGUCUAAUAUAAUUAAGAAAUGCUGAGUCAUGACGACAUAACAAUACUUAUAAUUCUUUGAUUUUUGAUCAAGUCAUUUCUUAAAGCCACAGUUCUUCACGACAAUCAGAAAAUUAAAGACACGAUAAAAAAGUUGCUUUAAUUUACAUUUGAAAACAGAAAACGUCCAAGUUGUGCCUCGAACGUAACGAUCACUUUUCUACGAAGAAUUUGCACUGAUGAUGACGGUGAAGUUAUGGAAACAAGCCACGCCUCUUAUCAAGAUUAAAGAGAAUAUCUAAUAAAAAAGGGUUAUUAAAGGGAUCAUUAUGAAAACGUAGAACGGGGGUUUCAACAUAGUUUGAGAUUCCGACAUACACUCGACAUACAACAGCUUAACUUCGAUAAGUUCUAUCUUAACCAGACGUUUGAUUGGCCUCAUGUAGAGCACGAGUUAUGAAUCAUAAUUCAUACACAAGUCAGGUCAGCGUUAAUCAGGUCAGCAACAAAACCAAGGAAAGCAUCAUGUUCGUAUUUAUUCAGCCACAGAACGACUACUUUUGUGUCAUGUAAAAUCAUUUAUAAAUGAAAUCAAGCUGUAGAUGUCUCAGUUUAUAGAUGUUAACUUCACUAACAUUCACAGUAUGAAUGUUGAGUUUCAUUUUAUUUUGUUGAGUAGCAACGAACCAGGAUUUCAUCCCAAAGCUGUAGGACUUCACAAAUAACCCGACUUCACUUUGAGAAGAUUCAUAACCUUCUGUGACAAUGGACUGAAUCAGCAUUUGGAUCAGAAUCCUCAAACUUCUGUGCCAAAACAAAACCAAAACCUACAAUAGAUAUUUUAUUUUUCAGUAUUUUUCCUGGUUUCAGUUUUUUCUUAACGCUGUUUUCACACUUGUUUUAAGGUUUUAAAUGUUAUCAUAGUUUCAUUAUGUUUAUUUAUUUAUUCUUUUUUUUCCGGUGUAUUUUCGAGUCUUGUUUUUGUCGGGGAAAUAGAAACAAACAUUUUUUAAAGAAGAAAGUUCGUAUGUUUAAAAGAAGAACACGGAUGAUGUGUCUGCUCCACCGGAGAUUCACCGGAUGCUUUGUAUUCUGUGAUUGUUUCAGUUUCAGCUCAUGUUCUACAACCUGAAGACACACUGUGCUAGCUUCGUACGGGAAGUAUACGAUCAGAAGCAGAAUGAGUUGUACGUGUUUUAAAGUUCGGGAAAUGUUCCGUAUGCGCAGCUCAGGUGAUGAUUGGACUAGCUCUAUGAAGGGAGCGAUCUGAUUGGUUCAGAGUUCAAACCUGAGCGUCGUUCCCAGUGCGACUCUGGACGAAGACGCAGUGAGAUUUGGACACAACAAGAUGUCCAACAGUAAGAUGUCCAAGCAGCUUCUGUCCGAUCUUGUCUGUCCCGUACGGAGACGCAGGACAGUGUGUGUGAGGGUCGUUGUGUUUCUACGAUUGUGCCAUAGAUGUGAACACUAAGGGCUGUUUCUCUAAAGCCUCCAUGGCCUUCUCUUCUUCGUGCCUCUGUCUCAAUGAUGAACGCUUCUGUCUUCUCUGAAAGGGACGUGUGAGCAUCACCGGGGACACGACUGUCCACUGUCCACUGUCUGGUUGUCUCUGUAAAGAAGUGACUUAUCAAGCUUUUGUUGAAAUACCUUAUUUAUACCUGUCUGUACAAAUGGUCAAAGAGUGUGUGUGUGUGUCUGUGUGUGUUUGUGUGUGUGUGUGUUUGUGUGGUCCAUAUUUGUCUCAUGUUGUGUGGAUUUUAAUCUGUUUAUAAAGUUACGUUAUGGGGCCAUGUUGUCCUUAUUGUACAAACAUCUCAUAUCGUAGGAGAUCAGUAGACCUACACUCCGACCAGAACAAGAUGGAACCUACAAGUCAAUGAUCUCCUCAGAACCAGGGUGAGGUGUUCAGGAGGGAGCUCGGCUUCUGUCCCAGUUUACAGGUCACCCUCUGAACUCGCUGGACGGACCACAUGUCCCAUCAGGCCUGGGGACACCUCAAGACCCAGCAGGGCAGGAGAGCUGAGGGGACGGACGCCUGGGACACUCGACUCCCACCCUCCACCCGAGCCAGGGCAGGUGGAAGACAGAGGACGGAUGGAGAUCACACCGUUAGGGCUGAAAUAUAAGAAGACAAACGUUUGAAUGUUGUCUCGUGAGAGGAGCUGCUGCCACCUUCAUGUUCCUGAAGACACCAGACAUGAACGUCCUGGAGACACAUCCAAUAUAUUAAAGUAUAUUUUUGUGGCUCAGAAGUCACAUGUACCUAUUGUAUAAAUAAGAAGAAUUAUACACGAGAUAUAAUGUUUAAAUCUCUUCUUUAACAACCACUGGACAAAGCCAUUGCUUUGUGUUUGUGCUAAGCUAACCUGCUAACCUUCACUGCAGCUUUGUAUUCGACAAAUAUGAAUAUUUCCCAAAAUGUCAAACUAUUCUUUUAAAAUUAUUAUAUUUUUAGCUGUAUACUCAUUGUAUUCAGAAGUGAUGUUUGCUCCCAGUACCUGAUAUUCACAGGAGGAGGCUCCAGACUGGUUUGAUGCUCAUGGACCAUGGAGAACAUGAGGAGGAACAUCUGUCUGGUGCCUCCUGGAGGAGUCUGUAGAAUCCUGACUGUUCAUAGAGUUCAACCUGAGCAGUUCUCCUCGGUCCAAUGGAUGAGUGUGACUCUGGGUUCAGACUGGUUUGCCUCAGGUGUUGAAUUGUGUGUUCAUGUGUUGAAACGUUUCUUCUCCAGCUCGACUCGUCAACCUGACGUCUACUCGUCUCUGGAUCGUGUUUCAAUAAAGAUAUUUUAAAUUAA